AUGAUGUUAGAAUAUCAUAGAUUUUUAAUAAAAGCAUUAUUAAAACAUUUUUUUGGAGUUUUGAUAAUGAACCAAGUUAGAUAGAGAGAGAAUAGAAAGCUUUCACAGAGUCAGAAGAAUUAAAACUACAAUCUACCCAAAAGAGCCUCAUCAUAAUUUAAAAUUCAUCAUUUGCCAAGCAUCUCUAGCAACACCACAUGUUGCAGUAAUUCAUGUACUUCAAGUCCACCUUAGAGUUGUUCCAAAUUGGAUGAGGAUAAUGUAGAGAAUAUAUUGGUUUCCAAAAAUACAUCAUAAGAUCCUCUAAGUUGUUUUAACUAUGAUGAUUUCAAAAGAUUACUACCUGUUACUAUUAAUGGAAUCAAAAUUCUGAAGAUUGAUUGGAGUUAUUUUACAGCAUCCCCAAAUAUGUCAUCUCCAUGGAAAGCUCAUUGUUUUUGGACAGUUGGAUAUACUUUUGAUAUCAACAUGAGAAAGAUGAAAAGAUCAUAGAAUAUAAGAUAUCGGUUAAUCAUCCAAAGUUGGUGUUGUUUCAAUAAUAAAUCUUGGGUGAAAAACAAAUGGGAUAGAUUAUUAGAACAUGAAACUGGACAUUAUCUAAUUGGUUGUUUGUGUGCUUUAGAUUUUAAAUAAAAAGCAGACAAAUUCAAAUAUACUAAGAAUUAUCGAAUGGAAUGCACAAAGUUAUUUCAAGAUACAUUCUAGUUCUAUUUACAAAUGGAGAAACAAUAUGAUGAGGAAACUAAUCAUAGUCAAAAUGUAGCCAAACAAAAGGAAUGGAAUCAAUUUAUAAAGGAAGAACUCAUAAAAUAUUGA